AGUUACCUCGCUCGCCUCGACAGGGUGGACACUUCAUCAUGUUGAAUUUGCUGCAUCGGUAAUCACAUCACAGUCCGUUGCAACACCAUUUGCAACCCCCUGCCGAGUGUAGAAGUUUACGCUAUGGUAAUCACGUUAUGAAUUUCCUGUCCCGUCAUUUCCUUGCUUUUAUUGAUUGCCACAAGUCUUCCUCCCGAUUACUGGAUCAUCCGUUCUCUGCUUGCAACGAGAGACCCGCUAGACCCAAGGACGGACCGCAACAACCUUCUUUAUGGAGAGAUGUUGACCCAAACCUAUCACACAAUUGCCGGUCACUUCUAUUCCAAACCAACCGGAGUCUCUUUGCAAAGAAUGGUCGGUCGAUCGCCAUCACUCUCAUGUAAUGGCUGUGGUAGAAUACUGCCAUUGGCCAUUCACUUUCCUUCUAGUCCUUUCUCUAAUCUAUAUCCUUGAUAUUGAGAUGCUAGAAUCCAGUAUCUCUCGGUUUGAAAUACUGUCACAUGUUUAUAACUCCCUGCCUUUCUGACCGAAUUGGCGUCAAUCCAUAUCUGCCUGAAAGAAGUGCUUGAUAACAGGACAUAUUUUUACAGUCUGGUGAUUGAAAGCCACAUGGAAUGCUAGUUAUUUUUUCUGCAGCAGACAUGGCCGCAGAUUGUGCAAAAGACGGCCUCGAUGUGCAUACUGACUCGAAAGUCCGUUCCGUCUUGCCGAGCUCAAGAUGGUCAGAAAUCGAUGUGUUGUCAGAUAUGGACAAAGCCUUGGAGCAAAGAUCAUCUACACAAUGCAUCUGCAAACCAACAUACUCCGAAUUGCCUAGCUACAAUAUGUCACAAAUUCUCGCCACUCACGUCGCAUCUCAGACCUACGACGCUUUUGCUAAGCUGUUGGUUAACACGGUGCACCACGCACGUAGCUUGGAGGAAAAUGGUCCCAAUAGAGGCCCUCGGGUGGUCACUGACGUGGCGACCUAAGUUUGGCCGAGCAAGUUGCAACUAGAUUACAAUAUCAAAAGUUUCCAAACCACGGCUUUGUCGGGCUGCAAUCAUGCAAUUUGGCAAGGUUACACCUACCACCUUCUUUUCCCUCACAUUUUCUCACCGGAGAAUAAUUCUGUCAUAUUCUAUAGGGAAUAUGCGGCCUCACUUUUUAAUCACUUCCGGU